AUGGAAGCUGCUGUGCAGUCGCUUUACGAUGACGGUGUCGCUUUGCUUCUCGCUGCCCAAGGACUCAACAUUGAUUCAAUGGAUGAUCGUAUACCGUCGUCGGAGCGGGAUUUGAUGGACACUCUCGUUGUGGGACUCGUUGCAAAUGCCAAUGUUGCCGUGCAGAGUCUCGAGGCUCUCCUAGCCGUUGGGUUUGACCAAUCCGAUAUCACCCAAAGUGACUACAUACCACCUAUGGAGUGGCAGAAGUCGCAUCCGGUGGACAAUCAGGACGAGGAUGUUGUGAAUAUGGAGCUAGCAUUAAGCCGGCCAGGUGUCAGGGCCAUGAACUCCGUGGACUCAACACAGACAUCGUCUAUGCUAUAUCACAGCUCAUCGCAGUUACCAGAUGUAUCGCCGGAUUUGCAAGGUAGAUCGCGUUCGGGCAGCCUCAUAGACCCCGUAACGCCUACGUGGCCAGAGCAAUCAGAGUCGAGUACACUUGUCGCUCAGUCGACGUUGGGGGCAGAGUCGCCAGACCCCCUGGUGGACGUCGAUGAGGAGGAUCCUUCGUCAUCAUCCAAAUCGCCGCCCAGGGCAGCAGCAGCAGCGCGGAAGCUCGUGAAGCUUCUCGGAGAGGAGGCACCGCGGCACGUACUUGAAAAAUACAAUGCCGACUCUAAGCCUUGGUAUCUGCGACCAAACUAUGACCCGUCGGAGAUUCUGAUGGACCCGGAUGGUGCUGUGAGGGCCGGUGCACCCGCAGCGCUGAUAGAACGACUAACCGCCCAUGAACAUAUGGAUCCUACGUUCAACCAGAACUUCUUGCUCACUUUCAAGUCUUUCCUGACGGUCGAUGAGCUAUUUGAUCUUCUUGUAACCCGAUUUUCCAUAGAGGCACCAGCUGGAUUAUCCCCUGCUGAAUUGGAUGAAUGGACAAAGAUGAAGCAGCAAGUAAUUCAGGCACGGGUUUUAAACAUUUUCAAGAUCAUGGUCACUGAAGACGGAAUUCUCGAAAAGGAGGACAUGGGUAUCCUCGGCCGUCUGAAGGAGUUUGCGUCCCGUGAAGAUGUUGUCAACAGUGCUGCUAAACGGCUUCUUAUCCUAAUUGAGCGUGCACAACGAGGUGAGGACGCGCCGAUCAAAAUCAGUCCAGCUCCGCUAGCUCCACCACCUCCGCUUUUGCCUAAAAGUAUGAAAAAAUUGAAGCUGCUCGAUAUUGAACCCGUGGAAAUCGCUAGACAGUUGACACUCAUGGAGUUUGCAAUGUACAAGAAGAUCAGACCUAUGGAAUGCUUGUUGCGAUCUAAGGAGACAAAGCCGGGGAGAAAUAGCGACAACUUUUCCUCAAUAAUUCAGCUGAGUAAUAGGAUUGCGAACUGGGUUGCAGAGACAGUUCUAGAGAAAGAAGACUCACGUAAACGGGCUAAUAUUGUCAAACAUUUCAUUAGUGUUGCUGAUAACUACUCCACCAUGACUGCUAUCGUUUCAGGCUUGGCUACACCGCCUAUAAGGCGGCUGAAGAGGACGUGGGAACAAGUAAACGCUCGAUUUAUGACGCAGCUCAGAGAUUGCGAGUCCACCCUCGACACUAACAAGAAUUUUAACAACUACCGCUCCACGUUGGCAAGGAUAGCUCCUCCUUGUGUUCCAUUCAUUGGUGUAUACCUUACGACGUUGACGUUCAUCCACGACGGGGCGGAGGACAGGCUAGCUGGUAUGAUCAACUUCCGCAAGCGGCAAAAGGCAGCAGAAGUUAUUCAAGACAUCAAACGCUGGCAAUCCAAACCAUAUAAUCUCCAGACGGUCGCUUCUGUUCUAUCUUUCUUGGAGGAAUGCUUUGGCAAAUAUAGCGACGGAGUUGAUUACGCGGAUCAAUUCUGGAAUCUCAGCUUGGAACGCGAGCCCCGCGAGCGAGAGGACGAGAAGAUGGCUAGAUUAUUGCAGGAAAGUGGUUUCCUCUAG